AGGAGGAGGAGGAGGAGGCUGCGGACGGAGGGAGGUCCGUCCGUCCGUCCGUACAGACGGGUCGGGGCCCGGCGGCACCAUGACGGUGGGGGCGCGGUGGGGCGCCAAGGCGACGGGCAGGUUCUCCCGCCGCCCGCCCGGCGACGACCAGGUCUCCAUCCUGCCCGACGAGGAGGAGGAGGAGGCGGCGGCGGCGGCGGCGGGCAGCGCGGGAGCCCCGCGGCCAGCGGCGCUGAAGAAGAAGGAGGACAAGGAGAAGGAGAAAGAGGAGGAGGAGGAAGGCUCCGGCUGCAGGAAGGUGCGCUUCGCCCUCCUGCCGGACUCCUACGAGCCUCUGCGGCCGCCGCGGGCCGCCGGUAAACGGCCCUACGGGAAGAGGCUGAAGAAGUACGGCAAGAAUGUCGGGAAAGCCCUGCAGAAGGGCUGCCGCUACUUGGUGGUGGGCCUGCAAGGACUGGCCACGGCGUACUCCGCUCCCUUCGGGGUGGCAGCCCAGGUGGCAUCCUUCGUCCGCUAGCGCAGCUCCGGGACUCGCUGGGCAGGACACAGGACCCUCGCUGCUUUCUGAGGACUGGAUCCGAGACCUGCAUCCGAGGAACCACUUGGACCACCUGUCCCUGCCCUGGAGUGAGCGCUCUUCUCUGCAAAAACUCCCCGCGCUUUGUAAAAUCCCAUUGGGUUGAAGAGACGUGAGGGUGAGGAAAUAAUCUUCGGCUGAUUGAGGUGAAGUUUGUUCUCAGACACGAGUCGGUUUUCUGAAGCUUUGGGCUGUGCAUGGAAGGGAGCCAAGGAAGGACGGAAAAGCAAGUAGGUGAGGGAGAGAGUAGGGAAGUAGAGGAUGGGGGCAGCUGGGGAGAUCCCAGCCUGGCUGGUGAGAGGAGUCGUCAAAGCAGUGGAGGAUACAGAUAAUGAAGGAUCAGGAAAAGGUAGUCUUUGGUUUUCUGAUGGUUUUUUGAUGAUGACUUUGGUUUUUUUCCCUGAGAAGGUUAAGAUUAUGAGUAUACUCGAAAAUGGACAGUGGUCUGAGAAGUGAUGAGCUUUGUUGCAUCAGUGUUGUUCAUCUCAAAGACUGGAAAUCAUGGGCCUUUAAAUCUUAAGACUGAUGCAGAAAUCCAGGAAGAAUACGAGGUGUGGUUUGUCUUCUGAUUUUGGGGCAUUAAAGGUUCACUGUGAUUAGUACUUUAAACUUUUCCUCUGCUGCUGUGAAAGCUGCCUGUACUUCUCUUACUGAGAACAGAAUCUAUAUCUGAGAAAGCUGAUGUUGGAAGCUGGGGCUGUAAGACCACCCGCUUCUGUGGUGGUCACCAGAAAAGAAAACGGAUUACUAGCUGCAUCUGAAAAAAACUACCUACAGUGUUUGGUAUAAGAAUGUACAACCGUUUUGUGGAAGAAUGGGGCCACAUAACCGCCAGCUCCACCUUCAUUCUGUAGGUGGAAGUUGUAGCUACAGAAUGCCAGCAUGAGACGCUCAGCGUGAUGGGGCGGAUGGAGCAGCUUCUGUGUCACACCUCCAGGGACAGAAGUCUUGCACUGGUGACACAGGAACAAGGAGGGUUAAGGUCCUUCAAAAUUCUGAGGGGUUUGAUUUUUAUUUUUUCUUCUAUCGGUCUUUCAUGAUAGCAGUAAAAGUUGUCCCUGCUGGCACUUUCUCUGUAUUAUAGCCCUUUCUAGUUUUGAUAGUGGUUUUGUAAUCAAGGACUUGACUUAUCUGUAAAAAAAGGCUGAUCAUUUGCUUUUUUUGUCUUUAUUGAGCGAAGAGGUUUGCAUGUGUUAGCAAACCACGCUGUAUUUCUUUUAAAUGUAGCAAAUGAAACAAAGGUGGGUUUUUUUUUUUUAAUGCUCUUUUCUAACUGGACUGUAAAUAAAAGUGAUGUGAUCCA